AUCGUAAGAGUAGCUAGUCGCUGUAGAUAAUUCCACAAAAAAAAAGCCCACACAUACAAAAUUACAAACUUUUCUUAACAGACAGAAGUUUUUAAAAAUACCACUGAAGGAAAUAAAACUAAAUUGCAAAAGUAAUGGCAUCUAGCGUUCUUACACUGAACAUCAAUGAUCUGAGGAAAAUAGUUUCUCCUGCCCAAAUCGAGGUAUUGGAGCAAAAGAAAACCGACGAGGAUCAGUUGAAAGUCGAACGUGAAUGCAUCCAUUUGAAACUGAACAAAACGCUUCACCGUCUCAUCCAACUGGACGACGAGAUGAAUGAGGACCAAAUUAGCGAAAAGGACUACAAUUUCCUUGAUAACCUAAGAAGAAGGCUAACCCUGCGGCAUCAAUUGUUGGCCGAGAGACUGGUUCGCGUCGGAACUCAACUGGCCAGAACCAAGAAUGAACUCAGAAGUCUUGAAAGUGACAUUUACGAGAAUCUAACCCGCAGGGGAUUGCUAUGAAGAGGCUGCCAACAUACCUAUGAAAACAUAUUUUUCAAAAUGAAGUGAAGUGAACGAAUAGGUUACUGAAAGUGAGGAUCUUAGACGGGCGAGCUAUCAAAAAUGGAUGCAUACUCUUCCGAGGGCUAAGGAAACUUUUUACAUAGUUACAGUGAAUACCCUGUAUAAUAUCUAUGAAGUUCUUAGCAGUUCUAAGCACAUCAGCCCAUUUGGUUAACCCUCGCAAUUGUAUCGACUAGUGUUUUAGAAACUUUUUAAUACAAUUUUGGAAAAUU